GACCGGCGAGCACGUUUUACUUUCUCACAUUGCUCCUGCAGAAAACAAUGACUUCAUACAGGAAAAGGCGCUAACUGUUGGCGCCUGAACACAAAAAUUAAAAUUAAUUAGCCAGCAGGUCUUUUACCAAAGGUGACAGGUGGGUCCUGUAGGUAGGUUUCUGUCUGAACGCAGAGUUUAGGAAAGAAGAGCUGUCGUCGUCUCCGCGAGGGAUAAGGAAGAGGAAGAGGACUACCAAGCAUGUCGGCUAAAGAAAUAGUGAGGAGAAAUAAAACAACCAUUCAGAGUACUCUAUGUGGAGACCACCAAUUUAUCCUAAACAAAGUCUACGAGAAUGAAAUAAUAACUUUACGCGAGUACAACAACCUUAGAAACAUCAACCGAGAAAAUGUGGAAGGACACGUUGUUGAGCUUGUGGAUAAGAUUAUGAAUAAAGGAGAUGCCUCCUGCCAAAACUUCCUGAGUCUCCUGCAAACCGACGACGACAUUAAAGAGACUUUCCCGGAGCUGCAAAGUAUACCGCUGAAUGACAUCCGGCCUUUACCUGCACCCGUCCAAGCCUCUUCCACUCAUAGUGGUGAUCUGGAACUAGACAAGAAGAUUCAGAAAAGGGAUGAUCUUUAUCAGUUGCAAAGCCAGCCUGUUGGGCUCUGUGUGAUCAUAAACAAUGAAAAUUUCACUAAAGGGAAACAGAGACCUGGAACGGAGAACGACGCUCAAAGCCUGGCAGAGGUGUUUAGCUGGCUUGGAUUCACUGUGCUGAUGUUUAAAGACCAAACCAAAGAUGAGAUGGAACAGACGAUGACAUGGUUAGCCUCUCCAACUGAUGUCAUGCCACUGCAGAAGUCUAAUGUCCAGGAGUGGUCCAGGGGCAGAUUUGUUGUCUCUCAACGUAUUCCUAGGCAUGGCGAUGCCUUCAUCUGCUGCAUUCUGAGUCACGGGCAAAAAGGUGCAGUUUUGGGCACUGACGGGAAUCCUCUUUACAUUAAGCAAAUUACAAGAAUUUUCAAAGGGACUGAGCAGUCGCCCCUCACAGGCAAGCCCAAAGUGUUCCUGAUCCAGGCCUGCCAAGGAUGUAUGAUACAGAAAGGGGUGCUAGUGCAAGGUCUGGAGUCUGAUGAUUCAGGUUUACUAUCCAUUCCUGAAGAAGCCGAUUAUCUGGUUGCUGUUGCCACUGUUGAAGAUCAUGUAUCGUUUAGACACCGUACAAAUGGGAGCUGGUUUAUCCAGUCUCUGUGUCAGCAGCUGAAGGAGCACUGUCCGAGGGGUGAGGACAUCAACUUCAUUCUUCAGUAUGUGAAUGGUGAAGUAAGUAAAAAAGAGGCCUCCAGUUCUCCUGGUGAAGCCAAGCAGAUCCCUGAAGUGAAGUACACCCUGAGAAAGAGACUUGUGCUGUCACCACAUCACACGUCAGACUAAAUCUCCACACAGCCUGCAGCCAGUGCACACUUCACCUCUGAAGUAAGGAUGUAUAAUUAACUCCGGUGAAUGGUUUCCUAAAAUUUUAAAAAUAGAUUUAAAAUGUUUUAUUAUUUUGUUGUUUUUUUUUUUGUUUUGUUUGUUUUUGAUAAACACAAAUUUUCCACUAUAGAAUAUCAGAAAGUUAAGUGUAAUCAUUGUGUGUCACAGACUUCAUUUUCAUGUAAAAAAAAUCUAAAGCCAUUUUUUAAAAGUAAAAGUCUAAAUUAUGUGAUAUAUGCAUAAAUUACUGAACAUUUCAGACCAAACAUAAAUAACAUUCCAAUCCAGAUUGUUUGUUGAAUUAUGUAUUUUUUAUUAUUAUUGUUUCUUGGUUGUUUUGCAGUUUCCCUCUCUGAUAAAUAAAAUAUUAAAAUAAAGUAUUUUUAUUUCAUCCCAAGAGAUUAAAAAGGAAUUCAAAUAAAUGGAAUAUUAAAAACAAUGGCAUUGCUGUAAGAGAUGUUUGUGACACAUACUAAAACAAUAAAUCAUUA